AUGGAGCCGUCGCCACUUACACACCAGCCUCGGCCAGAGGUCUUUCAGCCCAAGAUUGUCCGCCUGUAUGAAGCGCUGUUCAAGGAUGACUCGGACGAAGUAGAGCACUCAGAGGGGUUUUGGAAGGAGUUUUUUCUCUUGCGACCAGACCGACCAGCGUUACGGAAAAUACUGAACGACCAAUCACCCGACGAUCUUCUCCAACUCAACCAUCAGACUCGGCAGUUGUUUGCGCAAGCGACGACGGCACUGAGACGCCCGUAUGGAGUUGCGGACCUCCAUGCGCUAGAGACCCUAAGCACGUUCCUCCUUGCUGUGCUGGCCAAGAAGUACACGAACCCUAGUUCCGACAUAAUCGACCUGCUCGCCGGCCUGGAUCACAUCGACAAUGUCUUUGCCGAGUUCGUUAAUGCGCUGGAGUCGUUGAUACGGAAUGGGAGAGGAGCGACACAGGAAUGUUGUCCCUCUGGUAUUGGCCAUGUCGGCCAGGAGGCCCAGCAGGUUGGGAAUCGGGUCACUUGCACGUACACGGCAGACCUGCAGAGGAGGGCAGUCGAUGUGGCGCUGGCGGUGACAUCUGGGGCGUACCAGACCAGCCUGCUCACCUAUUUCAUUCAGCGGGACUUGUUCCCAGCGAUAACUAGCUGCAUACACAUCCAAAUAGCGUCACAAGCUUCCAGCAUAACCUCGCCAUUCCUGCUCCUUGGGUUACUAGCCAAUUACAACAAAUUCGAGUUUCAGAACCCCUACCAGAUGCGACUUAACGACUUUGUCAACGAGCGGGUGAUCCGGGGGAUUGUCAAGAACAUCGGGUAUACGUGCCAGAGAUUACGAGCACAGUACAUUGAUGUGCAGGAGGACCUGCCGGAGGGGUGGACGUUGGCCAACACACUGAGCAAGAUUGGGCUAGGAGCUAUUGCGCCAGGGGGGAAACCACCGCCAAAACCGGUGUAUGACGCCGACACUGCGAAGAAGAUGUUUGCCGAGUUGCCGGGCCAAGAAGCAGCUGUUCUCCUCGCCACGUACGAUUUUACGCAUGCCAACAAGCUCUUCAGCCUCGAACUCGUCACCUGGGCCCCUGAAAAAGGCGAGGAGCAGCCCAUCGCAAGCUUCAUCUCGUUGACUUCCUACCUCCUCCAACACGCCCAUCUCUCGCAGCGCACCACCCUCUACUCCCACCUCAACCUGAUGAUCUUCCGCCUCUUGAUCGAAGACCCAGUCCUCUGCAAGCGCAUCUGCAGCGAAGACAGCAAAACCCUCGUGCGCCUCUGCCGCCAGCGCUCUCCAUACCUCCCCGCCGUCCGCACCGAACGCAUCCUAGCCACAACCGUCAUGGAUACCAUGCUGGACACGAUCAACCAUAACUUGCGCCGACGACUCGACGUCCGUCUCUACACCCUCAGCGUCGGCAUCCUCCUGCGCAUCAUCAGCUACAUGUCCCGCUCGCGAACGCGCCUCGACUACCACUGGGCGGAUUUCUUCCGCUCCUUGCUCUCUCUCAUCCGGUUCUUGACAACCUACUCGCCUGAUCUCCUCAACCUGCCACGCAUGGAUGUGCUGCUAGACCACGUAGUCAAUUUGCUAGCUCUGGGCCUGUCAGCGGGCGAGACGUUCCUGCCGACACCAGCGGCAUACGAUGAUUUGUUCUACAAGAUUGUCGAGACGGGGGAUGUGCUGGUCAAGUUCCGGGAUACCUACAAGCUGGCGAAUCGGCCGAGUAAUUCGAUUGAUACGUUGGUGAACGUGAGUACCCACUACAAGGAGAUGUUGGUAGAUGGGGGCGGUGGUAAGAAGGGAGGAACAGCUGGAGAGAAGGGGAAGGACGGUGGUUCCUCUGGCAAAGGGACGCCGUCGUCGCAGUUGACGAGUUUGCAAGUCGCGGAGGUGAUUAAGCAGGGGUAUGAGACGUUGAGUAUCCAGGCGAAGGAGGGGCUGGAUAGUUGGGAGAAGUACAGGGAGGCGGAUGAGAGGAUGUUGUUGAAGAAGAUGGCGAGAGCGGCGGUGGAGGAUGUAAGGGAGAUGGUGGCGGAGUAA